CCUACAUCACGCAUACGUCAGAGGUCGAAGGUGAACGCUGACAGGAGGGCUCGUGCUUGGAAGGAUCGCGGGAAACGUCUCAAAACAAAUCGGACCUGGAGAGCACGCGGGCAACUUCUGGAAGAGUGUGGCCUUAUGGAUUAGCCAAACUGAUCGAUCAGAUCAAUAGCAGCGUUUGGUCUACGUUAACAGCCCUCAGCAGCUCCACAUUACGCCCGUAACGUUAGCUCAGGCUAACACGACGGUGUGAGCAGGCGCUAAUCUGCUAGCACGAGCGGCCGGCGGGGUGUGAGCACUCGGUCACCGGUGAGUGAAAUGGCGGAGAGGCCGGAGGAUCUGAACCUUCCCAACGCGGUGAUCACCCGCAUCAUCAAAGAGGCGCUCCCCGAUGGAGUGAACGUGUCGAAGGAAGCAAGGAGAGCCAUAUCCCAAGCCGCCAGCGUGUUUGUGCUGUACGCAACAUCCUGUGCAAAUAACUUUGCCAUGAAAGCCAAGCGUAAAACUCUGAACGCUGGAGACGUUUUGGCUGCGAUGGAGGAAAUGGAGUUUGAACGCUUCCUGGAGCCUCUGAGAGAAGCUUUGGAGGUGUAUAAGAAGGGCCAGAAAGGAAAGAAGGAGGUUUCUGAGCAGAAGCGCAAAGACAAAGAGAAGAAGGCCGACUCUGAGAACGAUAAGGGCAGGGAGGAGGAAGAGGAGGAGGAGGAGGAGGAGGAGCGCAUGGAGGAGGAGCCUGAAGCUGAGGAUGAAGCAGAGGAAGAGGAGGUGGAGAACUGAUCAAGCCCUGAUGGCUGAUCAAUGAAAUGCACUUGUGCCACCUCCUCUGGGCUUUGGCCGGAUGUGAUGUGUUUGAGUGACGCUUGGUCAUCACAGAGCCCCCAUGAAUCAGUACAUCCACCUUCACAGUGCAGCAGUGAGCCCGUAAGAGGUGAGGUCACGUUUCUGAGGGGGUGCAGCUGCCGUUUUGCAACUCGGUGACAAACGAAGCACAAAGAAACUCCAUCCUCCUCCUCACCUUUUGUCUGCAAUCAUUUUGUAUUUUUAAUCAUUUUUGAUACAAACACUGUUUUUGUUUUGUUUUGUUGUUUUGGUUUCUGUAACUGGAUUUCUUGAGAGUAAAUAAUAUGCAGCAGUUAGGCAGUCAAACACAAAGACGACUGAUUCGGGAUCUGAUCUGUCCUCGGUCCACCAGCAGCACACUUUGGUGAAGGUGCUUUUCAUGCAGUUCACCACCAGAGGGAGCGCGAACACAGGCGGUCAUUUGAGCGAAACUUCCCCUGCCUUCUCUGUGAUGCUGAUCAAAACGUUUUUAUUUAAUAAAUUCUCAAAUAUUAAAACGUCUAAACAUCAGAAGCGGCACAAGAGUCUAAGAAUAGAAAACGUCAGUCAGACGUGCAGUUUGAUGCUGGCCUUCGGUGUAAAUUCACACUCGCCGGGACGUUCUGGCUUUUUGAUUGCUUUUCACUGAUGCGCAUACACACCGAUUGGCAGAAUAUUAGAAACACACACCAAACUGACCGAGUUAAUGUGAGAAACGCGUUGCUGAAUGUCAUUUUCACACCUUUCCUCCCUGUGACGGCUGCAGUGGACUGUUGGACAGCUUGGACACAUUACUUCAUACGCAGUAGAAAGUGUUCCGGUGCGCCUUUUUGUUGCUUAUCUGUAGAGUUUUUGAACCAUUUAUACUUUUGUAGAGUUGUACAUGACUGCUGAAGAUUUUCAAUAAAUAUUUUGUACUAAAA